AUGGGAAAGCCCAUUUGGACGCGCGACCAAGUGGCACAGCGCAUCCUUGCCGGCGAAACGCUAAUUAUACUCCAGAGCAAAGUGAUCCGCGUCCCACCAUCCUGGCUCAGUGCACACCCCGGAGGCUCGCUCGCUAUCCUGCACUUCGUCGGUCGGAAUGCAACGGAUGAGGUCGAUGCGUUCCAUUCGGAAGAAGCUUUGCGCAGGAUUAGGGGCUACGAGGUUGCAGAGGUGGAAAUCGGAGAACACGGCUGGGAACCAUUCCUCCCGCCGGUGAUGAGUGGCUGGGUGAGACAGGGCGACAAGGGCGGGACGAUGCAAUGGCACCGCGAGGCGACAACUCUGCGACCCCUUACAGAGGAAUUGUCGGAGACAAGUCCACAUUCCCAAAUUCUACUCGUCCGUAGGGGAGAGCUGGAAACGCAGCCCGGACCAACUCUCGAGACGCUUCAGCCCGGACCCUCUACCCUGUCCCCAAAAGUGCAGGCCGAGCAUUCGAGAGCCUAUAGGGAGCUUCAUCAACAGGUCAUCGAUGCAGGACUCUACAAGACCCGUUAUAUCGGUGGCUACGGUCCUGAAAUCGUCCGUUAUAUUACCUUCGUCGUUCUCGCGGUGUUGUUCUACUGCAAGUCAUGGUUCCUGACGAGCGCAUUCUUCCUUGGUCUCUACUGGCACCAA